AUGAGUGAAGCCUUUGACUGUGCAAAAUGUGGUGAAUCCUUGUAUGGCCGCAAGUACAUCCAGACAGACGGCGGUCCGCACUGCGUGCCCUGCUAUGACAACACCUUUGCCAACACCUGUGCUGAGUGCCAGCAGCUGAUCGGGCAUGACUCAAGGGAGCUGUUCUAUGAAGACCGCCACUUCCAUGAGGGCUGCUUCCGCUGCUGCCGCUGCCAGCGCUCCCUGGCCGAUGAACCCUUCACCUGCCAGGACAGCGAACUGCUCUGCAAUGAAUGUUACUGCAGUGCCUUCUCCUCACAGUGCUCUGCCUGUGGGGAGACCGUCAUGCCUGGGUCCCGGAAGCUGGAGUACGGCGGCCAAACAUGGCACGAACAUUGCUUCCUAUGCAGCGGCUGUGAGCAGCCACUGGGCUCCCAAUCGUUUGUGCCCGACAAGGGAGGUCACUACUGUGUGCCCUGCUAUGAGAACAAGUUUGCCCCUCGCUGUGCCCGCUGCAGCAAGACGCUGACACAGGGAGGCGUGACAUACCGCGACCAGCCCUGGCAUCGAGAAUGCCUGGUCUGCACCGGGUGCCAGGCGCCGCUGGCGGGUCAGCAGUUCACCUCCCGGGAUGACGAUCCCUACUGUGUGGCCUGUUUUGGGAAACUCUUUGCACCCAAGUGCAGCAGCUGCAAGCACCCCAUCACAGGACUUGGCGGGGGCAAGUAUGUGUCCUUUGAAGACCGCCACUGGCACCACAGCUGCUUCUCCUGCGCCCGCUGCUCCACGUCACUGGUGGGCCAAGGCUUUGUGCCCGACGGAGACCAAGUGCUGUGUCAGGGCUGCAGCCAAGCAGGGCCCUGAGGCAGGGCUCCUGGGCCCAGGC